AUGUUUUCUCGAGCUCUGCAGCGUAUACGGACUAUCGGUGCUGUAUUUUUUCAUCACUUUGGAUUGCAUUGUGCGACUCACCAAAUCAGAAUAAUCCUCGUGUCCUGCGUGGUUAUUACAUCCCUCUUCUACCCGGCCCUCGACCUAUACUAUAGCUCCUCCUCUCACGUUCCCUAUCUCUCAUAUCUCUCCUAUGUACCAUCUCUAUCACCAUUUACGUUGCCGACCGACUCUCGGACCACUACACCACUGGCUAGCCACGUAACGGACUUGGACAGUAUAUGGACGCCUCACCCAUCACUACGUACUCAGGACGACGCCGUCUCCCGAGCACAGUGUCGAUCAGGCUCGUCGAUUCGGGUUGAGCGUAUUCUAAUCCAAGGCGGGACGGCAUCCAAUGAAAACAUCGAUUCCCAUCUGAAUAACAAGAUACUUCUCGAAACUUUCGACAUCGAAGCAAGAUUAGGCAAGAGACUUUCCGAGCAAGGGAUGAACUGUCUAAAGCAAGAGCGUGGUGAAUGCCUUGUCAUUAGCCCUUUGCUGUUUUGGGACUACGACCUUUCGUCUCUGGAAUCUGAAAUGGAUAUCAUUCAAGCACUCAGCACGUCUCAAAAUGUUACUGUAUCCGGUGUGCUUGUGACUCCUCGUAUGAUCUUAGCUGGCCGCGGAACCUUGGACGAGUCUACGGAGGAAGACAGUUACGACUUCGACUUUGCGGAUUAUUUAGUCGUCACAUACCUCUUCCCGGAGUCAGACUGCCUUGGCAAUACGGAGCACGCCUCUUGGAAAGACCUCCUCAGCGCUGCCACCACGGACCUUGCAGAUAUCACUUUUCAGGAUGCUGAACCUGAAUUACUCGCUUUACAAUAUCAGCCCUCGCACGAGCCAACAGCAAAAACUUUCUCCAUCAUCUCCACGUUUACAUACCUCGCAUACGCCUUCUUUUUCACUUACGUGACAUGGUCGAUGAGACGGAUGCAUCGUGUCCAUUCAAGGAUUGGUUUGACUUUUACUGCACUUGUAGAAAUCACAGUGAGUACCAUAACGAGUUUGAGCGUCUGUGCGUUGGUUGGUUUCAAGGUGACAAUGGUCCCAUGGGAACUAUUGCCCAUCGUUAUUGUAUUCCUUGGGGCGGAGAACAUGUUUAACCUCGUCGAUGCCGUAACGAAAACAUCGAUUACCCUAGCCGUGAAGGAUCGCAUCGCUGAAGGUCUGGCUCUCGCCGGUACUUCUAACACAUUGAAAGUCGUUUCGUACAACGCGAUCCUCGGAGUCAUUGCCGUCUUCUCCUUUGGUGCCAUUCGACAAUUCUGUGUCUUCGCCAUCGUAGUUCUUGUUGCACAUUGGUUUUUGGCGCACACAUUCUUCCUCGCAGUCCUCUCCAUUGAUAUCCAGAGGCUAGGUCUCGAUGAACUCCUGAAACAAGGAACGGGCUCGACGCCCGCAACUGUCAGCCCCUCAGACGAGCGGAGAGCGGUUAUCCGUCGAACAAAGUGGCAGACUCUUGUCACUCACAUUCAGAAUGCCCUUAAAGGGCGUGCCCGCACAAAUCUCAGUUUGUUCCUGCUCCUUGCAAUCACGGCUGCGCUGUACUCCGCGACUUAUUCGUCGUCGACCCCUUCAUCCGUCGGGAACCCCAAACCUCGUCGAUCACAGGCAUUGGCACGAAACAGGGACGCUCCCUCGCAAUCUCAAACUUCGCAUAGUCCGGCGCAUGAUCUGUGGCAUGUUCUCAGCCCAAACGGAGAUCAGCUACUCCACCUGCGAAUCGAGAGUCCAACAAUCAUGUCUAUCAAGCCUUUUGUGUCGGACGUCGGUCCUGAGCCCGGAACUGGACCCAGGCGCACCGUCUCCGCCGACAGUGUGCGAAGAACAAGGUCGCGAUUAAAUACCAAGUCUUUGUUUUGGUUUUUGAAGAUCGUUCUGCUGCCUAUCUCGGCCACCACAGGGGCCUUGUACCUGCUGCUUCUUUAUCUGCUUAAAGACGCAGAACUCCUCGAGGCCCAAAGACACCGCGACGAGGCUUCCUCGAAUAAAACCACCAAAGAGGCACCGAAAUCGUUGGACGGCCAGAUCAGCUUCGACACAUUACCCAGGGGCGUGGAGGGAGAUAUCGAUCUUGUUGCCGCCACAAAAGAUGGAAGGCUUAUCGUCUGUGUCAGUGUGCAGAAUGAGGUGGCUUUAUGGUGGAAACCAAGGGCUUCAACAGGUGUGGGCGAAAUGGAAACAGACCACGAAGAUGAAUGGCUAUACUCAACUAUCGACACUGGAGAUUUGCUGCUGAGGGCCAAAGCGACUUCAGGCUUUUCUGGAAGUCGUCCUCAAGUUGCAAUAGUCACUGUGGCCGUUACUGCAGACGCAAGCCUCUUUGCUCUUGGGACCUCAGUUGGGGUCAUCGGCGUAUGGGAGGUUGGCUGGUCAACGGAUGGGACCACCGUCAAUACCCAGCCGCUAUCGCACUUGUCACCGUCUCAGGGCACCCCCGCUGUUGUCAAAACAACGUUUGUACACAGUGCACUGUCCCCCGGCAGGAACACACCGCUUCCCUCGUUACUGGUCGUCUACAGCGAUCACCAAGUUGAUGAAUGGCGUAUAGGCUCAUCCUCGCAACCCCUUCCCAUCAGACCAAGAAGCGAUGGCUUGCUCCUCAAGUCAAUGUUUACGCACGUCUACCCCGAUGAUCGUAUACUGGUGAUUUUUUGCAUGGACCAAGGUCGGGUCGAGUUGGCCGAAGUUGGCACUUCAUAUCCACUCCUCCCUACUUCUGUUGUUCUUAGCCUAGGGGACACUUCAGAUCAGAUCGUCGUCGCCCAUGCCAGUCGGGUCGAGUUAGGCGGGUCAUCACGUCUUGUCUUAGGGAUCGCCACGUCCUCCGGCUCGAUAUCACUAUGGGAUGCCACCUUGGGUACAUGCAUAACGACCUUCGACGACUUAUGUGGGAGCAUCAAUAACCUCAAGAUCUCGCCAGUGAACCCCGAACGAUGUGAGCUCUGCACCGAAGUCGCACCAGAAAGCUUCUCCGUCACUUUUUCCGUCGGUCAGGUUGUCCAAUUCUUCCGCAUAUAUCUCCCAGGGGAUGCUAACCAUCGUUGUUCUUGUUCCCGGACCCGGGGUGUCUCUGCUUGGGACAACACAUUACUCGGGCGUCGGUCGAGGAGCAGCAGUGUGUCAUCCUUGCCCGGCAGCUUAGUGGGCAACAGUGGUUUAAAAUCGAAUGGCGGGUCUCCGCUAGCGUCUCGCGCGAGAUUAGCGACAUCGUAUGAAGCCGCCCCUUUCCCUGUCUCGGGUCAUGGCAUUCACUCAAGAAGAGCAUCAGAAAAGGAUAGGGACUCGUCGAGACGACUAUCUGACAUAUUAACGGUCCCCAUCCCCUUCGAUAACUUCGACAGCCAGGGCACUGGCGACAGCGUAUCCCCAUGCACAACUCCCCCCGCAUUUUCAUGGCACGGUGCUACUCUAGUGCGAGCAUUCGCAGAUAUUAUGUGCGAGAGAGGCGGAUGGGACGUCCUGGACGGCCGAAUCGCUGGUAUUCGAAGGAGAGCAAGACUUGGGAAUGUCUCGACAAACACAUCUUUGACGCCGUCCCUCACAGGGCUGUCGGCGGCCACCCUUGAACGGUGGGAGGUAUGGGUGUUAGACCCCUCGCAUUCCAACAUGCGAUCCUCCCCACUGGUGGCGCUUGCAACGCCUAUAAAAUCACCAGAUUCACCCCGAAGUCCAGGGCAAGCACCUCGUUUGCCGUUUACUAGGGUAUCACCGUUCAUAUCUAUCCGUUCGUACGGCCUAGCUGGCUUCGGCAAUACGCUCGGUUUACUUGAUUUCUCAUCGUUUCGCUGUUGA